GUCCCACUGUUCCUAAAGUUAACGACGACCAUGUCUCUCUCGAACAAGCUCUCUAUCACAGAUCUCGACCUCAAGGGAAAGCGUGUCCUCAUCCGCGUUGACUUCAAUGUUCCCAUGCAGGAUGGCAAAAUUACUAACCCUGCUCGUAUCGUGGCAGCGUUGCCCACCAUCAAGUAUGCUCUCGACAACGGCGCGAAGACCGUCGUCCUCAUGUCGCAUCUAGGCCGUCCAGAUGGCAAGAUUGUUGAGAAGUAUUCCAUAAAACCAGUCGCUGGCGAGCUCGAGAAGCAUCUCGGAAAGCCCGUUAUCUUUCUCCCCGACUGCGUGGGCCCUGAGGUUGAGAAGGCUGUGAAUGCUGCCGAACCUGGCUCUGUCAUCCUUCUCGAAAAUCUCCGCUUCCACAUUGAGGAGGAGGGUUCUGUCAAAAACAAAGAUGGUACAAAAACUAAGGCUGACCCUGCCAAGGUUGCGGAGUUCAGGGAGGGCCUUACAAGACUCGGUGAUUUAUACGUCAACGAUGCCUUUGGGACAGCUCACCGUGCUCACUCGAGUAUGGUCGGCGUUAAAUUGCCCCAACGAGCCGCAGGCUUCCUCGUCAAGAAGGAGCUUGAGUACUUCGCAAAAGCUCUGGAGAAUCCUGACCGACCUUUCCUCGCCAUCCUUGGAGGUGCCAAGGUGUCGGACAAGAUUCAGCUGAUUGAGAAUAUGUUGGAUAAGGUUAACUCUCUUAUUAUCUGCGGUGGCAUGGCGUUCACGUUCGCAAAGACAUUGGACCAUGUGUCUAUUGGAAACUCCCUUUUCGACCAGGCCGGUUCUGAAAAGGUUGGAGCCCUUGUCGAAAAGGCAAAGAAGAAUAAUGUAAAACUGGUCUUCCCCAUCGACUUCAUUACUGCUGACAAGUUCGACAAAAAUGCAAAUACUGGGACUGCAAGUAUAGCUGAAGGCAUUCCUAGUGGGUGGAUGGGCCUUGAUGCCGGCCCGAAGAGUCGCGAACUAUUUCGCCAGACAGUACUCGAGGCCAAGACCAUCUUAUGGAACGGACCUCCUGGUGUGUUUGAGUUCCCUGCUUUUGCAGAGGGCUCGAAAGCUCUUCUCGAUGCGAACGUCGAGGCUGCGCAGAGGGGCGUGACCGUCAUCAUCGGUGGUGGUGAUACUGCAACAGUUGCAGCACUCUACAACGCUGAGGACAAGAUAAGUCAUGUCAGUACAGGCGGAGGUGCUAGCUUGGAACUGUUGGAGGGCAAGGUCCUGCCUGGUGUGGCUGAGCUUAGCGAGAAGUGACUUCACAAGGGAAGAAAGAUGGCAUAUUCAUAGAGUGGUUUGUACCUUACUGCCGCCCGUCAAUAGAAUUACUAUGGAAUUGUACUAUAUCAGUCGAGUAAACGCGUAGCACGAAUAUGAAAGCAGAAUACGCAAUC